AUGAUUACCCAUUCGGUUCCAAGUAUUUUCCACUCGUUAAGCAGUAACACCCUAUCGGUUCCUAGCUGCCAUGCCACCCAAAGGUUGCACGAGGGCUUGGAUACUGCCAGGUUGCCCAAGCCUAGACAGAGGAAGCCGAGUGGCACAGGUCGGGUUCAAACCAUGGGCCUUCCGGUUGCUGAAAAUCCGUCAACAGCCCACGACCAGUUUCGUCCUCUUUGGGGCUCAUCAGGUAGCUGCAGCCCCCGGAUUUCCGUCAACCUUAUGUUAUACUUGGAACCAAAUUGCACGAAAUUAGCGAAUAUACACUCAUUGGCAAGCUAA